AUGAUGAGGAAGAAGAAAGGCACCAUCUUUAAGCUUCUGAGUUUGUUUCUGUUUCUGGGUUUAUCCGCUGGAGACUACGGCAUUGGAGUGGGAAUCGGCGACGGUGGAGUUUGGGUCGGCGGCGGCGGAAACCCUAAUUCCGAUCCUGGCUCUGCUCCAAAGCAGCAGACAAAUGCAGCUUACAGUGCUCUUCAAUCCUGGAAAUCCGCCAUUACAGAGGAUCCAUCUGGUGUUCUAAAGACAUGGGUUGGUGAAGAUGUCUGUUCUUACAGAGGGAUUUUCUGUUCUGGUUCUUCUGUAAUCGCCAUAGAUCUAAACAAAGCGAAUCUCAGAGGCACUUUUGUCAAAGAACUUUCUCUUCUCUCAGAUUUAACCAUCCUCCAUCUCAAUAGCAACAGAUUCUCCGGUCAAAUCCCAGAUUCUUUCAGAAACCUCGAUUCUCUUCAAGAACUCGAUCUCAGCAACAACAGAUUCUCCGGCUCUUUCCCUCAAGUCACAAUCUACAUCCCAAACCUGGUUUACCUCGAUCUCCGGUUCAACAGUUUCACCGGUUCGAUUCCUGAGAAUCUCUUCAACAAACAGCUAGAUGCGAUUCUCCUCAACAACAACCAAUUCACCGGAGAAAUUCCCCGGAGUCUCGGAUACUCUUCUGCAUCGGUGAUUAAUCUCGCCAAUAACAAGCUAUCCGGCGAAAUCCCGACGAGUUUCGGCAUCACGGGAUCGAAAUUGAAAGAGGUUCUGUUCUUGAAUAACCAGUUAACCGGUUGUAUACCGGAGUCCGUCGGGUUGUUCUCCGACGUUGAAGUCUUCGAUGUUAGUUUCAACUCCUUGAUGGGUCAUGUCCCCGAUACGAUCUCUUGCUUAUCGGAGAUCGAGGUCUUAAACCUCGCGCACAACAAAUUCUCCGGCGAUCUCCCCGAUUUGGUCUGCUCUUUGAGGAACCUGAUAAAUCUCACGGUCGCUUUCAAUUUCUUCUCCGGGUUUAGCUCCGAGUGUUCGAGAGUCAGCGUCGGGUUUGACUUCACCGGAAAUUGUAUUCCCGGCAAAGGCUACCAGCGGCCGCAGCCGGAUUGCUCGGCGAUUCCCGGCGCCUCGUUGAGCUGUCUCAGGAUUCCGGCGCAACCACUAACCUGCGCUGCGAUCCUGGGAUUGAAGGCGGCUUCAUCUCCAUGA